CGCGCAGAUUGAAGUUGCAUUGGGAUGAUCAUCAAAAGUUCUUUGUCUUGAAUUGGACUUUGGAGUUUGGACCUUAUUUGAGUCCCGAGAUGAGCAUGCUUCCAUGUGUCGUCAUGCGAUAAUGUUUGGCGCUGCGUCGGAACAAUAUGCCCCACCAUCCAUGUCUUCAAUACAGUACAACCAUGAUCAACACUCUUUCAGAACAUGGCUCUCCACCUUCCUCCAGUAUACCUCCUCAAUUUCCGCCUUCCUACCAGCGAAGUCCUAAAGCUUGAAAGGGAGAUAGGAGAACCACUUGUCAGGGAUAUCAGCGAGGCGAAGAUCGUCAUUGGGAAGGUCACCAGGAAGAGUCGCGCGCAACUCGAGUUCAAGUCUAGAGGCGUACAUACCGAGGAGGUUGUGCAUGAGACGGAUGAUUAUAAGGCCCAGAAGCGAAGGAGGAUAGACGAAGGGAAGACGAGAGAAGUCAUCACGGUGGAUUCGAGCACAGAGUCUGAGCCGGAGCUUGACUUGGACCCCAAAGCCAACUCUCCUGGGCAUUCAAUCAAAGUGUUGAAGCUGGACUGGUACUUUGAUUCUGUGAAAGCUGGAGCUUUGCUGCCGACAGAGAAAUACUUGGUCUAUGAAGGGCGCAUUGUUGAGAAACCAAAAGCUGCUCCUCCUGAGCCCAGGAAGUUGCUCCGGACGGAAAGCAUCCUAUCUCGAGCGAGGGCUAGCACCCCGCCGCGUAUUCAAUCUUCCUACAGACAUAACCCACGCAGGUCACAUAGUCCAAAUAUCCGGUCAAAAACUCAACCACGCCUCCUUCACGAAACGACAUCUGAGCAUGAUAUUGCGGAUAACCUCCCUCCUCUGCCCUCUUACCUCAAAUCACCCUACUCCUGCGAAAGACCUACUCCAGCUCAUAGCCCUAAUGAAGCCUUCAUCGCCCAACUGCAAAAGCUCAAGCAUGCGCGGAAACUCGACCGAGACGAUAGAGGUAUUAGCGCGCUGGCGUACUCCAAAGCCAUUGCUGCUAUUGCCGCAUAUCCCUAUACCCUAACAUCGGCGCGAGAGAUUUCCCGCCUCCCCCACUGCGGGCAGAGAUACGUCGAGCUCUACCAGGAAUGGAAAGAGACCGGGCAUAUCAAGGAGGUGGACGAGAUAGAAUCCGAUGCCAGAAUGAAGUCGCUGAAAGAGUUCUACGAGAUAUUCGAUGUGGCGGAGAAAACGGCAAGGCAGUUCUACGCCCGAGGAUGGAGGGAUCUGGAUGAUGUUAUCUCGCACGGCUGGGACAAGCUCUCGCCGAAUCAGCAGAUCGGGGUCAAAUUCUACGAUGACUUCCAGGAAAAGAUACCGCGGGAGGAGGUUGAGAAGAUUGCGGCUGUGAUAUUGAAAUACGCCAAUCGGAUCCGGGAAGGGUUUCACAUGGUUGUUGUGGGCGGUUACAGAAGAGGAAAGGACAUGUCUGGAGAUGUCGAUGUAAUCCUCAGCCACCCGGACGAUGAUGCGACGGACCACGUCGUGGAGGAGAUAGUCUGGAACCUGGCCGAGGAUAAAUGGAUCACGCACCGGCUCACCGUGUCCACGACGAACAGUGAGAGGGGCCAAGAGCCCGUGAGUUGGAAAGGCAGCAUGCCGAAAUCCGCCGGCGGAUUCUGCACCCUAGACAAGGCACUCGUCGUAUGGCAGGACGCGGACCAAGCAAGGAAUCCUGACCCGAAGAAGAAGCAUAACCCUCGUCGGAGGGUGGACAUCAUCCUCAGCCCCUGGAAGACGGCGGGAUGUGCCAUAGUCGGCUGGACUGGCGGGACGAUGUUCGAGCGGGACCUGAGGAAGUACUGCAGGCAUGAGCGCGGGGUCAAGUUUGACAGCACCGGGGUGCGGAGACUAAGUGAUGGGGCCUGGCUGGAUCUGGAGGCGGGUGGUGGGGAUCUCUUAGCUAAAGAGAAGAAGGUCUUUGAGGGGCUGGGCUUGGAGUGGAGAGAUCCGACGGAGAGAUGUACGGGGUGA